AUGGCGAUCCUGGUUGCAAAUGCAGACAAUGGAUUUUUGGACUAUAACAGGAAGGACAGAGCAGAACUCUGGAUCUUUCCACUGAGGAGGCAAGAGGGCAGCCCUUCCAGAAUUCCAUCUGCUGCAACUGGAGCUAACACAGCUUCAGGUAUUGCCAGAAUGACAACAGUACGUGGGUCUGCUGCAGUGAAAACUACAAAGUCCUGCAAAAGGCAAAAAAGUGUGAGGCAGCAUGCCAGCAUGUACACAUACAAGGAGCCACCUCACAGUAACUCAGGUGAUGAUAAUGGAGAUUUAAAUGCUGACAGCAAUGACCCAGAGCAGAUCUUCCAGAAUAUACAAUUUCAAAAAGAGAUCAUGGCAAACAUCCGUUGCAGACCAUGGCCUAUGAGACACAAGCUGAGGGCACUCAGACAAGCUAAGGAGAUUGUAUUGAAAUAUGAAGGCAGGCUCACUAGAACAAGAGGUUACCAGGCAGCUGGUGCAGAGCUCUGGAAGAAGUUUGUUCGGCUUGCAUAUAACUUUAUGGUAAUCUUCAUUCCUUGGGAAAUGAGAAUAAAGAAAAUAGAAAGUCAUUUUGGAUCCGGAGUUGCCUCUUAUUUCAUCUUUUUGAGAUGGCUAUUUGGAAUCAAUAUUGUGCUUACCAUAAUGACAGGAGCAUUUGUGGUCUUACCAGAGCUCCUGGCAGGAGCACCAUUUGGAAGCACUCUCAGCAAGACCAUCCCAAAGAAGCAGUUUGCAUCAGCACAGGACCUGGACACCAUCUGGUCACUGGGGGGUUAUCUCCAGUACUCUGUUUUAUUUUACGGCUACUAUGGCCGAGAUCGGAAGAUUGGGAAAGCUGGGUAUCGGUUGCCCCUGGCUUACUUCCUUGUUGGAAUGGCAGUGUUUGCUUAUAGCUUCAUCAUCCUCUUAAAAAAAAUGGCAAAGAAUUCAAGAAUGAGUCUAGCAAGUGCCUCUGAUGAAAAUUAUACUUUCUGCUGGAGAGUGUUCUGUGCUUGGGACUAUUUAAUAGGAAAUCCAGAGGCUGCAGAAAGCAAAGCUGCUGCAAUAGUUAAUAGUAUCAGGGAAGCUAUAUUGGAAGAGCAGGAAAAGAAAAAAAGCAAAAACCUGGCUGUGACAAUAUGCUUAAGGAUUAUUGCAAACAUCCUUGUGCUUCUCUCACUUGCUGGAAGUAUUUACAUCAUUUACUUUGUUGUGGAUCGAUCCCAAAAAUUAGAGCGCACUAAAAAGGAACUGACGCUUUGGGAGAAAAAUGAGGUGAGUGUUGUUGUUUCACUAAUUACUAUGAUUGCACCCUCUGCAUUUGAACUUGUGGCAGCACUAGAGAUGUACCACCCUAGAACCACUCUUCGCUUUCAGCUUGCCAGGGUUCUCGUUUUAUAUCUGGGAAACCUCUACAGUUUAAUUAUUGCUCUGUUGGAUAAAGUGGACAGCAUGAGUAUCGCUGAAGCUGAAGCUAACAGCAGUGCAAGUAACUGGAUAGAUUCUACCAGCUUCUUAGCCACCAGAACCCUUCCCGAAGAAGACAACUUAUCUACAACUAUCCCUGAUAUACGAAUUAGGAGAAACAGCACAUUGACUCUGGAAAAGAGUCAUACUCAGAACUACACUAUACCUGUCAUGCUGGUUAACCAGACAACUUCCUAUCCCUACAACAUGCAAAGUCAGAAGGAUCAGUGCUGGGAAACAUACGUUGGUCAGGAAAUGCUGAAGCUGUCAAUUAUUGACAUGAUUUUCACAGUGGCAAGCAUCCUGCUAAUAGACUUUUUCCGUGGACUAUUUGUCCGAUACUUAAGUGAUUGCUGGUGCUGGGAUCUGGAAAGCAAGUUUCCGGAAUAUGGAGAAUUCAAAAUUGCAGAGAAUGUGCUACAUUUGGUCUACAACCAAGGAAUGAUUUGGAUGGGAGCCUUCUUUUCACCCUGCCUCCCAGCAUUCAAUGUUCUUAAGUUGAUUGGGCUUAUGUACCUGAGGAGCUGGGCUGUGUUAACAUGUAACGUACCACAUCAGCAGGUUUUCAGAGCUUCAAGAUCUAAUAACUUCUACUUGGCUAUGUUGCUCUUUAUGUUGUUCUUGUGCAUGUUACCAACAAUUUUUGCUAUUGCCCGAUAUAAACCGUCUUUAAGCUGCGGUCCAUUUAGUGGACAAGAGAAAAUAUAUGAUAUUGUGUCUGAAACAAUUAAAGCAGAUUUUCCUGUAUGGUUCAACACAGUGAUUAAUUAUAUCAGCAGCCCUGUAGUUGUCCUCCCUGCAUUACUACUUUUGUUCAUGUUAAUUUAUUACCUGCAGAGUAUUGCAAGGUCAUUAAAAUUCACCAACAGGCAACUGAGAAUGCAGAUCCAAAGUGAAAGAACUGAAGACAAGAAAAAGGUGGUUCACAUAGCAGUAGCCAGAAUCCAGAAUCGAGAGGGAAAUGACAAAAGACCAGAGCAUGAGAAUGACCUCACCAGUCAGGAGUCCUCAGCUCGGUCAUCAACACCCCGAAAGAAUGGCAGCGUCUUGAAUUUUGAAUCUCCAGUGACCAAAGGCAGCAGAAUACAAACAAUCUCACAAUUCUUACCGCAAGCUGAUAUUGUUAGGCCAGCGAAUAUAACUCCAACAACUCCAACCCCCUUAACACCAACUCCCACUGUUCCUAGCGUACAGAAGCGUAGAAUUGAGCAGGUUGCAAACAGGUACUCAAGUGUUGUACAUGGAAGUGCAAGUGAGCUCUGUAAAACAAAGCCCUACACUCCUGUGACUUUCAAAAAGCGUGUUGAAGAUGUUCAUUCUGAGCCUCUUUUUAGGAAAGGUAUCCAACAAGUAAAUCCAGACACUCUUGGGGCAGGAGCUCCAGUUUUUGUGGGACGCAAAGUGCCCACCACACGGUAUUUUAUUGUUAACGAACAUGAAUCCCGCAAAAAGCUUCUCCGUUCCACUUCCCGGCUCCCAAGGCAUUUCAGAAUGGAGGAGUCAGGAGACAUAGUUGAAUUAUAUCCAAGGAACGUCAGAAGAUAUGUGGUUCGAACACCACACAGGACAUACUUCCCUCACUUCAGUGAAGAGGAAGAGGAGGAGGAGGAGGAGGAGGAAUUAAGGAGAGACUUGAUAAGCAGAUCCUACCGUCCACGCUCACUCUCAGAUCUUCGCCCAGCAUCCCGGUUUUACAUUGGUGAACGUGUGGACAGUCAAAUCCUUACUGGCAAGGAUCUAGCUAAAGUGCACUACAAAUCCUGGGAUGAUGGCUUUGAGCUAGAACGAGAGAGACCCCCACAUUCCUACAAAAAGUCACACAUGAAACAUGUGGAUCUUGAUCAGCACUAUCCAGAGCAUCAUGUGAAACCUAAAUCCAAGCAUAAACUCGAACAAUCUCUAACAGAGUCGGAUUCCAUUUCCAUUGGAUCCAGCAGUGAUCAGCAAACCAGCAGCAACGACCAAUACAUCCAAGUCAUUCAUAGUAAGGAGAAAUAUCUGAAAUCUGGGGCAAAGCUUACCAAAAAGAAAUCAAAGACCAGUGUUGACCUAAACAUGUCUGAAUCUAAUGAACUGAUAUGUUCAAAUGUCUAGGAAAAUGCUCCAUUUGUUUUGUGUUAUGAACAUAUGUAGUUGUGGAGACCUUUUGGCUGCCAUUUGAACCACAGAGGACUGUUGAAAUAUAGUCUUCUGAACGACAGUAUAUGCGACUGCUUGAUGUGGAGAAAGCAUUAUUUAGCUUUCUGUUUAAUUUUAAUUGUACCCAAGUUAAGUACACAUCACAGAUGCAUUACAAAAAUCUGGAGAAGUAUUUCUGCAUUAUUGCUCAUUACUAUACAGUAAAAAUAUAUUGUAAAAAUCAAAUAUGUACAUGGGGCACCAGGAAUAAUUAAACCCAUGCAAAAGUAUGUCAGGAAGGUUUAUUUUACCUUCUUCUAGCUCUCAAAUAUGUGCAUAAUCUUU